GCUUCGGGCUCAACUCCAGGGACAAUGGAUGCCCUUUUGGGGGACCUGAAAGAAAAGGUUUUGGGAUGGAGCCUCAGGGAGAAAAGCUACCGAUGAGCUCGGUGGGAGUCGAAUAGGACUUGAUGGCACACAAGGAAGAACAGAAUCCAUGAGAAUAUCUUCAAGCGCCUUAGGGUAGAUAGAACGAGCGUGGUCUUCGGCCUUCCGUCGCCAGAGGGCGCCCUACUCGCGUCCAGGAAUAAACUACGAGAGUUCAUUGAUUCGCCCUGGGGCCGUAUUCCUAGAGGGGAUGUGGAGGAGAGGAGGCGAAGGUCAGAGGAACUUCCUCUUCCGGCUCACCCAAGGAUAAUGGCGUCGGCGGAGCCUCUUGUGCUGCUUGGAGGGUGGAAGCGGCUGCUGGGAGACAAAGGAUGGUAAGGAGAUUACUGUGGAAAACAGAAACUGAGAAGCAGCAUUAAAAAGGAAAACAAGCCAUCAAACAAAAAUUUUUCCCUUCCUCUGGAAAGUGAAAACCUCUUUUCAUUCCUCAGCAGAUGAGAGACAAGGGAGAGAAUAACAAGAACAACCUUUUGAGCUGGAAAAAAUAGACUUUAUGAAAGCAUUAAAUGAGAAGGCAAGGAGGAUAAUUUCCAAGUAAAGAAAAAGUGGGAAAUUCCUGGAAGUCAGUGGAAAGGAAAAGGUCCCUUGGAUAGCCAGAUUGGGCAGGCAUUAUUUGAAUUCUUUGAGGAAGGAAAGAAUGGCUUGAAUCAAAGAACCUCCAAGUAAGAGAUCAGAAAUAUUUUUGGCUUCCACAAAAAUCUAAUAAUAUGAAUGUUGGAAAAACAACACAGACCGCAUAAUGUGGGCUGAAAACAUAUUGUAGAUCACAGCUGACUAUGCAUAAGAGGAUCCACCAAAUGAAAAGCCAUAGGAAUGUUUGGAAUGCAACAAAAGCUUUACUCCGAAAAGCUUCCUCAUGAUUGAUGGAAGAACCCUAUUGGAGAGAAUCUCUACCAGUGGCAAAAGGAUUACAAUGCGCAUACAUGUAAGACAAAAGAGGACUUGCACUGGCGAGAAACAGUUUGAAUGUUCUGAUUGUGGGAAAUGUUUCACAUGGAAUUCUGAGCUGCUGAUACACCAGAGGACUCACACGGGAGAGAAACCAUAUGAGUGUCCAGAUUGUGGGAAAAGUUUCAGUCAGAAUUCCAAUCUGGUGAGACAUCGGAAGACUCACACAGGAGAAAAACCAUAUGAGUGUCCAGAUUGUGGGAAAAGUUUCUGUCAGAUUUCCUACCUGGUGAAACAUCAGAGAACUCACACAGGAGAGAAACCAUAUGAGUGUCUAUAUUGUGGGAAAAGUUUCAGUCAGAAUUCCCACCUGGUGGAACACCAGAGGACUCACACAGGAGAAAAACCAUAUGAGUGCCUGGAUUGUGGGAAAAGUUUCAGAUGGAAUUUCCACCUGGUGGAACACCAGAGGACUCACACGGGAGAAAAACCGUAUAAAUGUUUAGAUUGUGGGAAAAGUUUCGGUCGGAAGUCUCACCUGGUGGUACAUCAGAGAACUCAUACCGGAGACAAACGGUAUCACUGUCCAGAUUGUGGGAAAAGUUUCGCUCGGAAUUCCCACCUGCUGAUGCACCAGAGAACUCACACAGGAGAAAAACCAUAUCGGUGUCCAGAUUGUGGGAAAAGUUUCAGUCAAAAUUCCUACCUGGUGAGACACCAGAGGACUCACACAGGAGAAAAACCGUAUAAGUGUCUUGAAUGUGGGAAAAAUUUCAGUUGGAAUUCCAAUUUGGUGAUACACCGGAGGACUCAUACAGGAGAGAAACCGUAUGAAUGUCCGGAUUGUGGGAAAGAUUUCAGUACUAGGUCUAGCCUUAUAAAUCAUGUAAGGUUACACAUAGGGGAGUAAUCAUUCAAAUAACCAGACGACAGACUGUGUUUCGCACAACAUUCUUCCCUUAUUACACACAAGAAAUUCCAUCUGAGGCAAAAUUUAAUGUGUGUAGAGGAAUCUUGAAUUUUGUUUCUUUUCUCUCAUUGGAUGCCCAGCUGAACAAUUAACUAUUUAAUUUUUUUGCAUGAUUCUUUUAGUAAAACAUGUCUUAGUAUCAAACAUGAGAGUGGAAUAGAAUAGAAUAACAGAGUUGGAAGGGACCUUGUAUGCCGUCUAAUCCAACCCACUGCUCAAGCAUGUUAUCCUAUACCCAUGAUGGCGAACCUAUGACAAGUGUGCCAGAGGAGGCACGCAGAACCCUCUCUGUGGGCACGCAGGCCAUUGCUCCAGUUCAGCUCCGCUGUAUAUGCACACACAUCUCCCACCAGCCAGCUGGUCUUUGGGUCUCUGCCAUGCAUACGCGAGGGGCGGGCAAGGAGGCAGUGUACGCACGCUCAGGAGAGGCAUAUUCAGGGCUACGCACACAUGGGCGGGUGUUGGGACGCAUGGGCGGGGGCUGCACAUGCAUUGCAUUUUGGGGGUUCAGGCAGGCACACGCGCUUUGGGUACUCGGUCCGAAAAAGUUUAGCCAUCACUGUCCUAUACCAUUUCUGACAAGUAGCAGUCACAUCUCUCCUUGAAAGCCUCCAGUGAUGAAGCACUCACAACUUCUGAAGGUGAGUUGUUCCGUUGGUUGAUUGUUAUCACUGUCUCAGAAUGUCUCCUUAUUUCUAGGUUGAAUCUCUCCUUGAUCAGUUUCCAUCCAUUGUUCCUUGUCUGCCCUUCGGGUGCUUUGGAAAAUAGACUGUCCCCCUCUCUUUAUGACAAUCCCUCAAAUAUUGGAAGACUGUUAUGUCACCCCUUCUUCUUCUAUUCACUAGACUGGCCAUGUCUAAUGCUCUUCUAACCAUUCUUCAUAUGUUUUAGCCGGGAGGCCUCUAAUCUGAUUUGAACUUCCUUUUUCUUUCUUUGUUCUUCGUUUCUCUUUCUUUUCUCUAAUCUUAUCUGAUCUUCCUUUCUCUGGCCCAGUGCGGUCGUUCCUUAUCACGGAAUCAAGGAGAACUGCUAUGCUGGGCCAGAGUAAAGGAGCUUGCAUCUCUAUUAUGUAUGUUUGCCGCCUUGAGUUAUUUCUACAUAUAAUAAAGGAUAUAAGCAUGUAUGUAUGUAUGCAUGUAUUUUUACUUAGCAUGAAAAUAUGUAUGGCAGCCCCACUCAUAAUGACUCCACAUGGUUUACAGCAAUAAAACUAAUACAGAAACCAAUAA